GAAAAGGGUUUUGUUUAGCAUGUAGUUGAGUUAAUUUUAUAAUUAGCAAAUUACCCUAUUCAAGAUUCUACCUUUAUUCCCUAAUCUCCUUUUAAGAUAAUUUAGUGCCGAACAUAAUCUGCUUUGUAUAAUUUGUUUUAAGAUGUUUGUUCUAUAUCUGCCUUUUAACAUUGCUUUUAUGGUGGGAGGAUUUGUAUUGGAAUCCACACUUUCCAGUUGUCAAUUAUUCUGAUUUGCUCCAUAAUAACAUGAAUUCAAUGUUUAGGUCCUAAUCAUGCAUAGUGAUCAUGGUAUUGAAUUUCUUUGCAAAGCUCUGAAUUUCUUCAAGUUGAUGUUAUCGAACGAGAUUAAGUCUAUCGGUAGUUCGGUAUGAUAAGUUAGUUUGAUAUUUUUGAAGAAUUUUAAUGGAAAACCAGAAGACUUUUCGCCCUAAAAAGAAUGCACCCUCUGGUAGUAAGGGUGCUCAACUUCAGAAACAUAUUGAUGCUACCUUGGGUAGUGGCAACCUGAGGGAAGCUGUGAAGUUACCUCCUGGUGAAGAUUUUAAUGAAUGGCUCGCUGUGAAUACGGUGGACUUCUUCAAUCAAGUCAACAUUCUCUAUGGAACCCUCACUGAGUUCUGCACGCCAACCAGCUGCCCAACAAUGACAGCAGGACCAAAAUACGAAUAUAGAUGGGCUGAUGGAGUUACUGUAAAGAAACCCAUCGAGGUAUCUGCUCCAAAAUACGUUGAGUAUCUGAUGGACUGGAUUGAAGCGCAACUGGAUGAUGAAUCUAUAUUCCCUCAAAAAUUGGGUUCCCCUUUUCCUGGAAAUUUUCAGGACGUUGUUAGAACUAUUUUCAAGAGAUUGUUCCGUGUGUAUGCACACAUCUAUCAUUCUCACUUUCAGAAGAUAGUGAGCUUGAAGGAAGAAGCCCAUCUUAACACUUGCUUUAAGCAUUUUGUCCUUUUUACAUGGGAAUUCCGGUUGAUCGACAAGGGGGAAUUAGCUCCACUGCAAGAGCUUGUGGAGUCGAUUCUGCAGUGUUAGUUAAUGGUUGUUGUGUAAAUGUUGCUCCUCCAUAGACCACAGUAUGUUUUGAUCACCAACACAUUUUUGUAAGCUGUUUGAUGAAACUAGUUCUGUUACUCAAUUGGGGUUUGCCUUUGUUAAUGAUUUUUGUUAUUGUAUGAUUAAAUCUUGUCUCCUCCAAAAGGGAAAAAGGAGUUGGAAGGAAGUUAUGUGUAUUCAAUCAAUUUGUCACUGUUGUCAAGUUGUUCUUUGAUCUAGUCUUGUACACUUUGGUUAAACAACUUCUAUUCUGUAUGUGAAGUGGCUAUGUUAUUGCCUA